AUGUCACAAGUUGGCCGUUCCCGGAGGAAGAAGCCAAAUUUCAUCACCGUCGAACUGGAACUCCUGACUAGUGACGAUGUUACCGAACCCUCCAUCCUCAGAAAUGAUACUCAAGCUAUGGCCAAUUCUCAGGAGAGCACAAUCGUUCCCAGGGCCCUGUUUCCCUACGGCAUCUACGCAGUAGACCCAACUCCUCGGGCCCGUGAACUCAUUCAUUUCAUACAUGUCGAGGCUGAGUACCUUUAUCGCCCAUUCCGACGAGAAUGGUUCUCCAUGGCAGUGGUUGAUGUCAGCGCCUACUAUAUAUCACUCGCCAAUGCGUCCCUGUACAUGAACAGAAUCAAGUACCAGGGCAGCUUGGAGUAUAGUGAUUGCCUGGAGUCGUCCGAUUACUACCGUACAUGCUUGGCCACCAUGUCCAAAAGACUCGAAUCCAACACUGAACGAUCGAGUGAAGGCGUCAUUACCACCAUUCUCGGUUUCUUGUGCCAUGAUUCAAAUGUCAGCAAUUGGCCAAGGUGGGCUGUUCAUAUGAAUGGUCUUCAACAAGUGUUGCAGCUCCGCGACAAUUCGCAAACCCUCAGCGGUCAAAUUGCGAUAUUCCUCUCUUGGAUGGAUAUCAUAGGCUCGGCCGUCUCCGACACCAUGCCUCGUUUUAAUCUACCUGUCGAAUUGAAACCCGUUGAAUCGCAACCACACGCCGCCUCGCCAUAUCUUCAAUCAGUUUUAUCCAACCUAAGAUCCCUCAACUCUGUUGCACUUAACGAUGUCGCUCUCUGUCUUGAAGAUGCCAGUUAUGUUGCUGACAUUGCUAACUCUCACGCAGAGGAACCCCUGUUCUGGAAUAACGGCAUCAAUGGCACAAGGCUGAUCGGUCCGCUUUCUCACCAGCUGCUCUCACUUCCGAGAGUAUCUGAAACUAUUCCCACUUUCUCCAAUUAUCGAGAUGAAGCGUUACGAGAAAUGACCAGACUCGCACUCCUGGUUGUCCUGGCCAGACUGAAGCUGGCCUUUAUCCGCAUUGCGGAUGAGCUCGUGCCUUUGCAGGAGCGCUUCGCCCGGAUGUUCCUCCACACCUGUAGUCCAUACGACGAAUUUUCAGACCUUCAGCUUUGGGCACUCGGUAUUGUUGGGUCUAUGGCUUCUCAAGGCCCAACCCGCAAUCUCUACCUCAGUCAAGUUCACAAGUGGGCGGCAUUGAUGCAAAUCAAGUGCGGAGCUAAAGCUUUCCACUUGAUACGGCAAAUUAAUCUCAUUGAUGAUAUGAUGGGCCCGGGUGUGAGGGCUUUACUCAUUGAAAGCAUCUGCUUCGACCAAAGGUGUUGUAAAGAGGAGCACGACCCUGUUUAA